UUUUGUUCCUGUCUGAAUCUUUUGAUACCAACAUACCUGGGACCUACCCUGGAUUCUAUGAUAUAUGCUUCUUGCUUUUAAUGAGAUCUAAUUAAGGUCUUCCUUCUAAAUUUCAUCGUAAUUCAUGUUCAAAACAAAAGGCUAUGAGCUGGCAGAAUUGUUGGCACAUUGGACAAAAUGCUCAGUGGCAUUUCUUCUGACUCUUUACAUUUUGAGUUCAAAUGCCACCAAGGCCAACUUCACCUUUCAUCUUUUUGGGGCCAAUAAAAUAAGUACCUGUUGAACAAUGAGGUCAGUGUAACCAACUUGCUCUCUCCCUUACAAUUGUUGGCCUUGUGCCUAAAUUUGAAACCAAUUUAUGUUCCAAACAUCAGCUUAAUAGUUAUUGUUAUAACUAAGCUAUCUUGCUAAAUUCUUUGUUAUUUUCAAAAUCAAUUGAAACAAAGAGUAUAUCAACAGAAACAGAGUAACAAACAGGUUAAAUUCUUCUUUUGUGAUGGAAAAUAUUUCAAUAUGUACACAUCUUUUGUGAUGGAAUAUAUUUCAAUAUUUACACCUCUUUUAAGGCAGCGAACUGGAAGAAUCGUUAGCACACUGGGCGAAAUGCUUAGUAUUUCAUCUGUCUUUAUGUUCUGAGUUGAAAUUCCACCGAGGUCGACUUUGCCUUUCAUCCUUUUGGGGUUAAUAAAGUAAGUACCAGUUGCGUACUGGGGUCGAUCUAAUCGACAGGACCCACUCCCCCAAAAUUUCAGGCCUUGUGAAAGUUAUCCUUAGUCAGUUUAAGACUACAAAACCUUGUCUCAUAUUUGCCAUCCAAUGAUUCUUUUUUUUCCCCUUACCAGAGUUUCCAAUAUUUAUGUGCUCCGUGCAUAUGAUCUGUUGAUGGUGCAUCUCUGCAAGGAACAUGCUGAAGUCAGGUGGUCAACUUUUAUGAUAAUCAAUGAACUCUUUCAAAGAUCUCAUUGCUUCCGGGAAAAAUUGGUGUCAGAGCUUCAACCUUUUUUUACACUGGCUGUCGGCAUUGACCCUGAAGAACCUUUACCACCUCCUAAAGUUGUGGCCAAACGACUGAGGUUUGAAGCUCUGAAAGCUAUCCAACAAUGGAAUGAGAAAUUUGGAAACACUUAUAAAAAACUUGCAUUGGGCUAUAAUUUCCUGAAGAAUUGUAAAAUGGUUGAUUUUAAUGAUAUCCAUGCCAGGACAAUUGUAGAACGACAAAGAGAAGCAGAAGCUGAGAGGAAAAAACAGGUACUUUUGCAACGAAAGAAAGAAAAGAUACUUAAAGAAAUAGAAGAAACUUUCCCUCAUCUUGAAAGUUGUUUAACCCAAAGCGAAAACUGUUACCAGCUGCUAAUACAAACAGAUGAAUUUUUCAAGGAUGAUGAUGAUGACAAUAAUAAUAAUGUUGAUGAUCAUAAUAAAAACACUGAGAAGAGAAAAACUGACAUAAGAAGCAAGGAGAAGGACAGUGACACAGACAUUUCUUUAUCUUGUAAUUCUUCACCUAAUACAAUUGCAAGUGACCACGACACUAACUGUGAUGAUUCCAAUCAUAGCUCAUCACAGAAAACUGAUGGAAAUACAGCAUCAUCAAGUCUCAGUGAAACAGGGAAAGGUUCAAACGAGACAUCAGAAAAUAAAAGCGAAAAAGACAAUAAUGAAAAAGAGAAUGAUGAUAAGGAUGAGGAUGUGAGCGGUAAUGAUGGUAACGAGGGUGAUGAUAAUGUUGAUAAUGAUUGUGGUGGCGGUGAUAGUAGUGAAAAAGAAGAAAGAGAAGAAGAAAACAAAGAUGAUGAUGAUGAUGGAGAUGAAAAAGAUGAUGAGGGUGCGUCUUCAUCUGACUUGAUACGAAGUCAUGGUCUUGGGUCAAUGAAUUAUUGCCUCACAAUCGAUGUGCCUAACAAGAUGUUGAUCAAAGAAACUGAAGAUAAUAAAGACAUUUUAAUCACCUUGAGAGAUAUGCACAACCUUAUUUCCCAUCAAUAUUUACCAAAUGUGAAAAGAUGGCUAAAGGAACUAUCCAAGACAGGUCCAGACAAUGAAACAGUGAAGAAACUCACUGAUGCCAUGACAAAGUUGAACAAAGCAAAAUCUCAGCUGGACGAGUUGAACUUGGAAGGAGUUAAAAGCAUGACUGAUGAUGAAACUGAUGACGAUGAUUUUGAAGAAGUUGAAGAAAAAGAAGGUUACGAAUCUGACAUACCUGAACAUUUGAAGAAUGUCUCUGCACCAGGACACUCAAGACAAAAAAUCCAAAGUAAAGCAUUUAACAAAACUUUGGUGAAGAAGUACAUUUCCAGCCCUAUGCUAAGGAAACAACCUAGUUUUGGUGAAACUUCUAAACAAUGGGACAUAAAAGCCACGUUACGGCCAGGUGAUGAGCAAGAUCCAGCUUCCAUGGCAGCCACAAUGAACAAAUGGAAGAAAGAACUGCUACAGAAGAACAAAGACCAGAUCAUGUUACAAGAUGAACAAAACAGGCCAUCAACUAGUUCAGACACUGGAAGCUCUGUGAGUAUCAUGCCAUCCCAAUCCAAUGCUGAAAAGGAAUUGAAUGAGAGAAAGGAGCGUCUGCUCCAGCAAGCGCCAUUUAUCCCUUUUGGUCCAGACUUAGCAUUCUGGGAAAAUCCUGACAAAAUAGAAGUUCCUUCUGUUGUAAAGGAUGACUCUCUACAUCGGUUUUGGGUACCACAGCAAGCAGAAACUUCAUCCUCCCAACAAGAAAUAGCUUUAAUUAAAAAUCGAUCAUUCACAUUUACUGGUACGUUUGAACCUGUGAAAUGGCAGUGUCGUGCACCAAUGCCAAAUGGUACUCUUUGCAAACGAAUGGAUCGCAUAAAGGUCAGGAACUAUUCUAUACCUCAUUUUAUCAGUCUGCAUACUAAUAUAUCUCAUUUUGUCCACCUUAACAAAACCUAUAAUAGUGCUGGUGCUGAAAAGAACCAUUGGCAAGAUAAAGAACUUCAAAAAGACAUUGAAGCUGCUUUAGGGAUUGACCUUGGUUCAAACCGUGACCUUUGUGUUGAAGGAAAUAAGAAAAAAAAGAGAAAAGGUAAAGGUAAAGCGAAAAAGAAAUCAGAAUUGACAGAUUUGACUCUUCCAAAGAAUACUUCUGAGAACAGGUUGAAGAAAAAGUUGUUUAAUGUAAAAACCAUGAAAAGAGUCAAUGCUACUCUAGAUAUGAUGGAUGCAAAGAAAGCUCGAGAUAAAUUUGGCAACCAAUUCAACUACGCUCAUUUAUAAAAUUGACUAAGGACAUUGUUGUAUUCAAACUGAACUUUAAUGGUUCAUCACCAUUUUGUAAUUGUUAUUUCAAUGUUUUACUCAUUGAUAUCAUCAUCAUUAUCACCAGCAUCAUUACUACCACUACCAUUGUAACCAGACAAGACAUUAGAUAUAUAGUACAUGCCCAGACUGCAUCACUUCAUCAUAUACAAUUAACUACUGCAUGCCAGAUUGUGAAGUAUGGUCCUCAAUUAAGCAGAGGUAGACAAUAUCUGAAACCAUGGAUCUGUUGAUAGUUUCAACAGUACCAUGGCACAUUCAUGUGGUACAUAUAGUUCUGCAGCUGUAUAAUAUGUGGGGGUGCCCUAAAUUCACUUUCUCUGGUUGCUCUCCCGCCUCAGUUUUAAUGAUCCACUUUUGUUAUUAUUUUUCUGUCCAAUACUGUUAUUAGUAUUUAUUAAUCAUCUAUUUAUUAAUGAGUUAUUGUUUCAUUGAUCUCACCCUAUUUCUGGAUAUUGUAAAUUUCCCAUGUCCACUGUUUGUUUCCCUUUGUAUUAUACCGUCCCUUUUAUUUUGGACCUUUGCAGCUAAUAAAAGAAGUAAUUAUUAUAUAAUGUAUAAAUAUAUAGAUCUUCAUUUAAUACUUGAUAUUAAUUUUAUAUAUGCAUUUAUACACAUUUUAUUAGAUACCAUUUUCAUAAAUAUAUAUAUGCUAUAUUUUUAUACUUUUAAUUGAAUAUUUAUUUGAUGUAUGUAUUUAUUUUUUACAAAAUAAAACAGAACGAUGAAAAUAAUCCAUAA